CCCUGGGCCAGGACAGGGGACAAGGGGGGCCCAAGGCUGGCACCACCUGAGAGCACCGCUGGGGAAGCCAGAGCUGGGCAGGAAAGCAGGGCAGGAAAGGACUUUUUUUGGGGUUUUUGCUGCUCUCAGAGGCAGGAAGCUCGCUGGUAAACCAGCCCUCGCCAAGGUGCUGCUCUUUGUGGGGGGACCCCCACGGGACCAUCAGGGCUGGGCUCCAGCCCCUCUCCCAGGCAAGCUCACCUUGAGGGAAGAGGAAAAAAAUACUUUUCCUGAUCCAGAAUGUCCCUGAAGCUGCCACGGAACUGGGAUUUCAACCUGAAGAUGGAUGCUGCAAAAAUAGCCCGCUCCCGCAGCGUGCAGAGCGCGGUGCAGAGCGCGGUGCCGGGCGCGGAGCAGCCGCGGCCGCUGAAGCUGGGCUGGCUGCGCAAGCAGCGCUCCAUCGUCAAGAACUGGCAGCUGCGCUUCUUCGUGCUCCGCGGGCAGCACCUGCUCUACUACAAGGACGAGGACGAGGCCAAGCCGCAGGGCUGCCUGUCCCUCCAGGGGAGCUCCGUCAACGUGCUGGCCACCAACCCGGAGGAAGGAGGGAAAUUCAUCUUUGAAAUCAUCCCAGGGCUGGCAGGCGAGCAGCCCCGGGCAGUGCAGGACCCCUGCGUGCUCAUGGCCAGCUCCCAGGCCGAGAUGGAGGAGUGGGUGAAAUCCAUCCGGAGGGCGCUGGGCUCGGCCUCGGGAGCAGUGUUUGGGCAGUGCCUGGCACAGACCAUGGCCCACGAGCAGAAAUUCGGGCAGCACCUGGUGCCCAUCGUGGUGCAGAAGAGCGCCGAGUUCAUCCGGGAGCACGGCAUGGCCGAGGAGGGGAUCUUCCGCCUGCCCGGCCAGGACAACCUGGUCCGGCAGCUCCGUGACGCCUUUGACGCCGGGGAGAGACCCUCCUUCCACAGGGACACCGAUGUCCACACCGUGGCCUCCCUGCUCAAGCUGUACCUGCGGGAGCUGCCGGAGCCCGUGGUGCCCUGGCUGCAGUACGAGGAUUUCCUGCUCUGUGGGCAGGCUCUGGAGGCUGACGAGACAAAGGGCCACCAGGAGCUCCUGAAGCAGCUGUCCCUCCUCCCCAGAGACAACUACAACCUCCUCAGCUACAUCUGCAGGUUUCUCUAUGAAAUCCAGCUGAACUCCAGCGUCAACAAGAUGAGUGUGGACAACUUGGCCACAGUGAUUGGGGUGAACCUGAUUAGGCCCAGGAUGGAGGACCCUGCAGUUAUCAUGAGAGGCACGCCCCAGGUGCAGAAGGUGAUGACUGUGAUGAUCAGUGAUCACGAGAAGCUCUUUCCCCCCUCCAAGGAUGUGCCUCCCUCCCCACCUGCCCCACAGAAUGAGAAGAAAGCUCCUGUCCCUCGCAGCUCCGUGGGCUGGGGAGCUGCAGAGGACCCCAGAGGCUCCACCCAAAGGCAGAUGGGCUCUGUUUUCCGGAGGGAUCACCCCAAUUCCAGCAGCACCCCUGGCCCAGCUGCCCCCUCAAGCGUCCCCAGGGAGGACACGGAGCCCACGGACAUGCUGGGAGCGUGGAAAACGCAGCCAAGGAAAAGAACCCAGACCUUACCCACGAGGAAAUCCUUCCUGGCUGCUCCGGGGGAGAAGGGCAGCAGGGACAGGAAUGAUGUCCUGGCCAGCGACCUUUGGAAGAGCAGCCCGCGCCCUGUGGCCUGUGAUGGACACAAGAGAACGUUGUCCCAUGAUCUCUUCAAGCUGCUGGACCUCCACAGGGCUGCAGCCGGUGACAGCGUGGCAGAGAGCGGCGAGGGCAGCGCCUCCAGCCUCAGCCCUGCCAGCAGCACCUCCGAGAAGGAAUUCCUGCCCUGCUUCAGCCCCUGCCACGAGCCAAAGGAACCUGCCAGUCCCGCCAGCAGCCCUGCUGAGGACCCCAGACCCGAGCAGGACAGCAGGGAGGUCCUGCAAGGCGUGAUCCACAAGCUGGAGAAUGAUUUGGAGGCGCAGAGGAGCGACUACGAGGGGCAGAUUGAGAGCCUCCAGAAGGAAAACUAUGAAGUGUGGGCCAAAGUGGUGAGGCUGAACCAGGAGCUGGAGCAGGAGAAGAAGAAGAGUGGGGAGCUGGAGCUGCAGCUGGUGAACGCGGAGCGCUCGCGGGAGGAGCUGGAGGAGAAAACCAGGAUGCUCGAGGAGGAGAUAAAGAACUUAACUAAAGCCACGAGUCAAACUGGUGCCAAAACCAACUAGGAGGAGACACCCAGCUUUUCACAGACACCAAAGGCAGCUGCAGGAAUGCUCAGGAACUGCCGGUUCAGAGCCAGGGACUUGUAUUGUCCAGGGUCCUGCUCCUGCCCACAGGCCAGGGGGAGGAAGGAGAGCAGAGCUUAGGGGCUGGUUCAUGCUCUGAACCAGGAAAUGUCAGAAAAAUCCUUUAGCUUUUUUGGGUGUGUUUAUUUCAACCCUUCUUUCAGCUGCUCAGGUUACCUGGAGAACAGGUAACACUUCCUGCUGCUCAGUCAGGAUUGCACUCAGAAGUUUGGGUUCUGGACCUGUGGUGCCUUCACGAGAAGGAACCAGAAGUGUCCCUCCUCCAGCUACCUGGCUUCCUGCUGGAGAUACCCACAGGCAAAAUGUCCUUGGAUCCCCCAACUCACACUUUGGAACACUCACAGGUUCCAAAGUGUCUGCCACCAUUUCACAGCUGACAUUCACGAGUCUUUCCUGUGAUUUCAGAUGACCUUGACAGAGCUGUUUUAGCGUUUAUUUAAUUUUUUAUCUCUGCAAGAAGCUCCUCACCAAUGUGAGCGUGAGGCCCAGGAGUCAUCAAGGAGAAACUUCUGCGACGGGUUCAGGAGCAGCAUCACGAACAUCUGGGCUGGAAAUGCCACACGCUCCUUUCUGCAAAGAUCAAAAGUGUGUAGAGGCCAAUAAUUCCUUCACAGCCGACUGUAAUGACGUGCAAAGGCUUGGCUGAGGCUCAGAAAUCCCCACGAUUAGGACAAGUGCACGUUAUUUAAAAUAAACUGCACAUUCCUGCGCUUCCGCUGCUGCGAUAGGCAAAACAACCCCGUGGCUGCAGGAUCAGAGGGACUCUUUGAAGAUAUUCCCCCCAUUAACAUUUGCAGGGUUUAUAGAGGUCAUCUGUGACAGAGAGACUUUCCAGCAGAGGUCAGGUGGCUGGAAGUUCCUGAGAGCCUGGAGGGGAGAGAGCCACGGGCACCUUGAGCUGGUGCUGCCAUUGGGUGCUGUAAGAGAAUGAGGAUUUAUUUUUUUUUUAAUGAGCUUUUUCCAGAGACAGAGAACCAUGAAUUGCCCAUGCCAGACCUGUGAAACUGCACCCUUUUCAUCCCUGAGGGGCUGGGUGUCCUCUUUGCUCAGCCCAGAGCCUGCUCUGGAUUUUCUGCACUUGCACAUGUUCUGCUGGAGACCCCACAACGUGAGAUCCCCGAAAACUGCCCGGUGCCCAGCCCUCAUUUCCUCCCUCCCUCCACUUCUGCAGCCAGGCCAGGAAGCUUUUUGGGGUGGGAGCAGCAGAGAAUCUCUCCUGUUCCUGGGGCAGGGGACAUUACAAACUCAUGGUGGGGGUUUUGGGGUCUUUCAGCUCAGCAGGUUUUGGGCACUGACUCUGGAUCCCCUGCAGAGGGUGAUGCUGCUCCUGCCAUAUAAAAGCACAACAAAUUGUCUACCACAGAGAAAAAAGAUUCUUUCCAGCCCUGUCCUGUAGGCCUGGAAACCUCCAAAAAGACAUUUUUCACCCCUUAACCUUCCUGCACCACGAGGACACAAGAACUUUACCAAGGUGAUAACCCUGAGAUCAGGCUGAGGAUUUUCCUCUCCUUGUAAAUGUAACAUGGCUUUCCAAAUUAGAGCUGUUAAACCAUAGAUCCCAUUGCAUCCAAAACUGUUCAGACAUGCUGUGUGGGACGAAAGUAAGACACCUUUCAGGCCAUCCUUUCAGUCCCCGCACUGCAUUCUUUGUGCUAGAGCAGAAAGUCUGUUCUGCUUUUCUCAGGUAUUCACGAAAUAAAUUAAUUUUCUGAAUUCACUCUGUUGUAUCCAAGGGUUUGGUAGGCACGAGAGGCAAUAAAAUAAAACUUUUCUUCCCACAUUAUUGUGUUUGGAUCCCAAGCCAGUCACGCUUAUUGUGACUUCUCCCCUCAUAUUUAUCAAAUUGCGUUUUUGGCAUGAUAGGAAGUU